GGUGUUCACUUUCCCUUCUUUUUUCCAACUCUCUUAGCUUGUUCUCUCUUAUUCUCCCUCAUCUAUAAUAAACUUUUUUCUAACCAAUUUCAACAAAAUGCUACGAUUGUUGCAAAGAGAAAUGAAGUGGGUGUUCUAUCACCAAGCAAGAUUUUCUUCCUCCACUUCUUCUCCUGGAAGGCUUGAAGGUAAGAUUGCUCUAAUUACUGGUGGUGCAAGUGGAAUUGGUAAGACAACUGCCCAAGAGUUCAUCAAACAAGGAGCACAUGUCUUCAUUGCUGAUAUAAAUGAUAAACUAGGCCUAAAAGCAGCCUUUGAUUUAGGCUCAAAAGCUCAAUUUGUCCAAUGCGAUGUUACUGUUGAGGCCCAAGUAGCCCAAGCAGUAGACACCGUGAUGGCCCACCAUGGAAAACUCGACAUCAUGUACAACAAUGCAGGCAUAGUAGGCCCAUACUACCCACCUAGCAUAACAAACCUCGACUUAGAUCAAUUUGACCAAGUCAUGCGGGUCAAUGUCCGAGGCACGCUAGCAGGGGUCAAGCAUGCUACUCGGGUCAUGAAGCCAGUUGGUUCGGGUUCAAUCCUUUGCACCGCGAGCAUAUCUGGGAUCUUAGGCGGAAUUGGGCCACACCCGUAUUCCAUAUCAAAAUUUACAAUACCUGGGUUAGUAAGGUCAUUGGCUAGUGAACUAUGCAAAUAUGGGGUAAGGAUUAAUUGCAUAUCCCCAAGUGCAGUUGCAACUCCUUUGGUAAUGGAAAAUUUUAAGAAAAUAUAUCCAAAGGCAACAAAUGAACAAAUAAAGGAAAUAAUUGGUGGAUUAGAGGAAUUUAGUGGGACUCAAUGUGAAGAAAUUGAUAUUGCAAAAGCAGCAUUGUAUUUGGGUUCUGAUGAUGCUAAGUAUGUUACUGGCCAUAAUCUUGUUGUGGAUGGUGGCAUUACUUGUUUUAAGUCUCUUACUUUACCAUCUCCUGAUCAAUUUGUGUAAUAAACUGUGGGAAAUAAAAUACUGUAAAAUCAGAAAAUAUAGUUUGAAAUGUAGGCCGAAUUUGAUUAAUGUAGGUAAAACACUGUGACGUGUUAAUAACACUGUCUUAGAAGCAAAAUUCGCCCCGACUAUGGUGCAAUCGAAAAUGGCGUUGCCCCCCCAAGAAUUAACACAACGAUCUCUCUUAAUGUGCACUCAAAAAGAGAGACUAGGAACUCACAAAAUGCUCAGAAUUAUUUUAGAGGAAAACUGGAAGUAAAAUAGAGAAAGGAAGGAAAUUGUUUGUGUGUUUUGAAAGCCGCGAAAAUAAGUUUUUUAUAGAAGAAGGAAGGCAUAACUGAUGGAGAAAAUAAAGCCACAAAAUAAUUCGUGGGAGGAAAAUCAGGGGCAGUUACAAACGUUUAUAAAACCGAGUCAAACGUUGUUGCGAGCUUUCGUAACUAAACCUUCUCAUAAAAACUGGAAUGUCAGUUACGACUUGGCCCAAAAAGGAAGCCCCACCACACCGCGCACGUGCCACAAACACGAACCGGUCGGACGGCGGCGGCGACGCGCGUGGGGAUACCCCCUUCUAGCCCACAACAAUAGGGAAAGUACUUCAAAUACCAAAGUAUAAACACACAUAUUUAAACCAAGUUAUAAAACCUUCCUUAUCCCACCAAUGUGGGACAAAGAGUUUUCCUCCAAAACUAAGAAACUUUCCUUUGCAUUAUUUCCAACAUAAACUAAAUGUUAGCAUCAUUGUUUUUUUUAGUAAUUGAAGCUCUAUUUUUGUAUAAUGUUUCUAUUUUAUUAUUUUAACAUACUUUUUUUUAUGACAAUAAAUAGCCAAGUUGUGCAAAUAAAAAUCAACAAAGAGGUUUAAAUAUAAUCUAUUCUUGACUUUUCUAUUAUUCACCUAAACAGGUUAGAAACACUUUCAAUAAAUUGAUUUUGAAUUUUUCCACUAUCCACAAUAUGUGCAUUAUUUUUUGGUAAUUUUAUUUGAGAAAAUAAAUAUUAUCAUGUAGAUUUUUGUUAUAUACAUCUAUCGCAAUGCAUAUUUUAGAUAUUAUGAGUAAAUUUUAGUUAUGAUUUAAAGUACUAACGAUCAUUGAGGAAUUUAUUCGUUGGCAAGCUUAAAACUCAAAAUACUUCAUACAAAACUAUAUUAAGAGUUUAAAGUAGAGUAGAUCAUGAUCAACUAGGAGCGUAGAAUUCUUUCCUAAAAAAAAAAAAAGAGCGCAGAAUUCUUAGCUUUGGGUAGAAAUUUUGGGCGCCACUAUUAUCGGUCCAAAAUAGCAGAUUUAUAACGGAUUUGUACACAACUUUUUUGGUCUAGACCUGGGCUCGACCCUAAGACGUGGACUAAAAUGGGCCGAGCUAGA